AAUGACUUAGCACCCGUAGUACCCACUCGUGUUCCCUCUUCUUCUCCAUGGCCAACCCAGCGGACGCCGCCAGCGCAGCGGCGAACGACGACGACGUAGAUGAUCUCUAUGCCGACCUCGAUGACCAGGUAGCCGCCGCACUCGCCGCCGCGGGAGAGAGCGGCGGCUCCAACGCCAAGGACUCCGACCCGGCUACCGACGCCGAGGCCGAUGCGAACGAGGCGGUUGAUUUGGGCGACGAGCUCGCCUGCUAUAGUAGCAGCGACGAGGACAGCGAGGAUGAUCUCCACAUUGUGCUCAACGAGGACGGCUGCGCGCCGCCGCCUCCUUCGACUGGCCGAUGCGAGGGUUGGGCGGACGAGAGUGAGGAGGGGGAGGUUCGUGGCAGCCUCGAGAAAGGUCUCUCUAUUAACGACGGCGGCCCUCGCAAGCUUGGUGGGUUCCACCCCCAGGGACUUCUCGACAAAACAACAGUGCCAAUCACAGGACAAGGUGAUCUAGGUUACCAGCAUGCAUUUCAGAAGGAUUAUUAUUUUUUCUUGCCAAGAAACAGGACAGUUUUUGACAUAAACAUCGAAGCAUUUCAGCAGAAGCCUUGGAGACAACAUGGUGUGGAUCUUACUGACUACUUCAAUUUUGAUCUGGAUGAAGAAGGCUGGAGAAAAUAUUGUUUUGGCAUGAAACAAUUCGCAGAUGGAGCCAGAUCACCUGCAGAAAAAUUGCCAGGAAUGGAUCAGGAAUCAUACCACAAUCUCGAAUCUAUUAAGUUAAUGCCAAAGUCAGCAACUUACUGUGGAUUUGAAGGAAGUAAUGACCUUUCCAAGCCAAAGGGUAGAGCAAUCCAUGUUGAAGGUGGUGUGUUUGAACGUCUUCCAUCGGCAGAUCUUUGGCGUCCAAGACAAAGGGAUUCUGAUGUCGUGAUACAAGUUAACAUGAUGCUUUCACCCUCAAAUCACUCCACUUCAGAUGACAAUUCAACAGUAAAUGACAAGUGCAUGACUACUAAAAGAAUAGUGGAUCCCGGCGUCAAAUGUUUGAAAGACACCAGCCUUGUUGUGGACAGGGUGGUUGAUAAGGAAGUGCUUAAUGGAGGUUCGUCAGAGUGUACUAGGAACAAAUUGGAUGUAAGAGAUUCAGAUUGUACAAGGGACCAUUCUUCUAGUUCUGACAUGCUGUCUGAAGAAUCAACAGAAGAUUGCUAUUUUAAGAGAGCCGGUAGACAUUCAAAUUCCAAAGCUCUUUGUUCCGGUACCAAGCUUAAGGAUGUGCAUGCCAAAUCUGAUUUUUGCCGCCAUUCACGUAAAUCAGACCUAGAAAGUAGCACGGAUGACAGUCAUAGCUAUACCCCUUCUCCUGCUGAUGAUAGAUAUCACAAGACAAUUAAAGUUGCAAGGACAGAUGAAGCUGAUUUCAGGUCCAGUGGAGUAUUCAUGAACUGUCAAAAUGACAGCCGUCUCCUUGAAUCUGGGCAUAAAGGAAAAGAACAGAAGAGGAAAGAUUCAGCUCGUGUAAGGGAUGAUGUGUUUGAGAAGGAAGAAAAAAUAGUGGAUAGCUACCCUACCAGGUAUGCUAGAAGCUAUGAGAAAAGAUCUAGGUCCACUUUCCUCAGUAAUGAUCGUCACAAUGCUGUUCACGAUCAGGUGUAUGAAAAGUGUGAUUAUUCACCUAUCGAAAGAUCAGCUUUCAGAAAUGACAUGCAACAUCUUAGCAAUAUCUCUAGCCAUCGGCGCCGUUCUUCUUGGCAUGAAUUCAGUGACGAUGAAGAUGUUGUGCCGAGCUUCUCUUCAGUCAAGGGGUGGCACCAACGCCAUGAUAAUCGAUAUAGGUACAAGUCAAUGCGAAAAGCUGAGAUUUCUGAUGACAUUGAUGGGCGGAUGUAUAGACAAAGUUAUUACCAUGAAACAAGAAGAGUCCGAAAUGACCAUAGUGAGGAUAAUGAUUUUUUCCACAAUGACUACAGAUUUGAUGAGUUGCGGGGUCCUGCGGUUAGAGGAAAAUACCGAAACAGAAGAUCUGCAGAAAGGAAUGAUGAGCAUUUGAGACACCCUUAUCACCUUGGUUUGUCUCCUCAGGCAAAUGACUACCCCAAGAACUUUGAGAGGGACUGGACUACUCCUGGUUUAACUUCCUUGAGAUCAAGAAACAGAUGCAUUGACAACAAUAGAAUUCAGAGCACUAAAAUGAUGCAAUAUCAUCAUGAUGGAUAUUAUCAAAAUAACGAGCACCGCAAUUCUUCAUUUCACGUUGACGGCAUUCAACAACCUGCUUUAUAUACUGCUGCCUCUGCUGAUACUGGUUAUUGUGUUCUGCCAGUCAAGAGGAAGCUCCAUGCUGAUCUUGGUCCCAUGAACCGUAAAGAUCUUGUCGGUUUAGCAUUUCCAAAAGGAAGAAGAUUCACGCAUGACCAAUCCGUGAUCUGUGAUAGGAAGCUUUAUGCUAUGGAAGUGCACAGUUCUACAAAGGAAAUUGGUAGAGCAGACAUUUAUAGUUUCAGUGAUAUGAGAAAUAGUAAUACCAUUUCAAACAUUCAUGAUGAGAGAAGUCAUGAGCUAGUGGUUUUUCAGCCAAAGGACGCAGAUAGCAUCCACUUGAAUGAUAGGAAAAGAAAGUUUAAGCGACACGGCAAUGAGGUAAGGCGUGAAGUUGGACGUGCGAAUGAAGAAUGUCUUCCUGCAGAAAAGGAUUUGCACAGUUCCAAACAUAAGGAUGUACAUGUGAAAAUGCAGAAACUGAAUGGAAGCUAUCAUGACUCGGUCUAUCAGGAUUUGGAGAAGACAAGAUACCAGAAAAGCCAAAAUGGCAAUGAAGAAGAUGAGAUUGAGGAGGGGGAACUGAUUGAAGAGGACCAUCAGGAUAGUUUUCCAAAAAGCAAGCUUAAUCAUCCAAGAAAAGCGACAUUGAAAUCAGUGAUUGAAGCAAGUUCGGCAGGUCAGUUAGAAAUGAUUAAUGCAAUGUCAAAAGAUGUUUGCGACAAGGAAGUUUCAUGGGAAUGUGACAAUAAACACAUACUUGAGGUAAUGGAAAAGAUGCAAAAGAGAAGGGAGAGGUUCAAAGAACCUGUUGUUACCCAAAAUGACGAAGAUGGGAAGAACGAACUGUUAGCUGUUGCAUGUAGUGCAAAUGAUAUCAAGAAUCUGCGACCUGCAAGGAAACGUCGUUGGGGUGGUAGUGGUUAGAUGCUUGAACUAACCUUAAGUCAUGCAUAUUUUAUCUCAUUGUCAUCUUCCAGUACUUGGCAGGAAUCGAAAUGUCAGGAAAACAUUGAGAAGAUGACUGUCUCCAUGGGAUCCAAGUUCAGAUACUGUAGAUUUGAUUUCUUUUGAUGAUUGGAAUAGGAUAAAAAUGUACAAACAUUCACAUUUUAUCUUUCUAAUUCACCUACAGCUCAUUUUUGUCAGAGAAUAAUGGCUCCAGAGUGAACAUCUGCACGUACUUGUAAUGGGCUACUCUUUGUUCGGGAGAGAAUGUUUUUUUUA